AGUUGGAAUAUAAAUAGACUCUUUCUGUUUAUAAGUGCGAUUUAGCUGGUCUUGUCUUGGUAUUACGGACGGUUUUCUAGGUGCUGCGACUUCUCUAGAGUGUUUGAGUUGGCCACGUGAUUGUAGCAGAGUAGGACGAUGUCAAUGCGUGAGAUCAAGCUUUGCUUACUGGGAGAUGCUGGAGUUGGGAAAUCAUGUCUAGUCUUAAGGUUUGUGUCUGAUACAUUCACUGAUUAUCUAGAGAACACUAUUGGUGCAUCAUUCAUGUCUAAAACGCUUAUUGUUGAUGAUCGAACUUUCAAGUAUCAAAUAUGGGAUACAGCAGGACAGGAGAAGUAUCGAGGUUUAGCACCUAUGUACUACAGAGGGGCAGCUGCUGCAAUUGUGGUUUAUGAUGUUACUAAUGCUGCUUCAUUCAAAACACUGCAAAAUUGGAUUAAAGAACUAAAACAGCUGGGUCCACGAGAUGUUGUCAUAGCAAUUGCUGGAAAUAAGUGUGAUUUGGCCGACCAACGACAGGUUCUCAAAGAAGACGCUGCAGAGUAUGCAGAAUCAGUGGGAGCCCUGUUUGCCGAGACGAGUGCCAAGAUGGCUGUAAAUGUUCAGCAGUUGUUUAUUGAUAUCACCAAAUCUCUGCCAUCAGACGCAGUUGUUCCUGGAACACCAACUUCUCCUGGAGGAACAAUCUUAUUGCAUGAACCUGUUGAGAAAGAAAGGAAGAAGAAAGGCUGUUGCUAGAGUGCUAUUACGAUUGUAUAAUCUGGUAUAAGAAUUUUUUUGUAUGCUUGUAAUUGCUCGUACUUGUCACGUGAAAACGUUGUGUCACAUGACCCGGGCUUGACUCCGCCCAUUUGA